AUGCGGGGCGCACCGUCCACCCACCUCCUGGCCUUCUUCCUCCUCGGCCUCCUGUUCGAGGCACGUGCCCAGCGGUGCCCCAGCCCGUGCGCCUGCCCCUGGCCCGCGCCCCGAUGCCUGCCUGGGGUGCCCCUGGUGCUGGACGGCUGCGGCUGCUGCCGGGUGUGUGCGCGGCAGCUCGGGGAGUCCUGCGACCGGCUCCACGUCUGCGACCCCAGCCAGGGCCUGGAGUGUGUGCGAGGCGCCGACUCCGGGGCGCGAGGGGCCGUGUGUCUCUGGCCAGAAGGUGACGGCUGCGAGGUGGACGGCCGCCAGUACCAGGACGGGGAGACCUUCCGGCCGCACUGCGGGACCCUGUGUCGCUGUGAGGACAGUGGUGUGACCUGCGUGCCCCUGUGCAGUGAGGACGUGCGGCUGCCCAGCUGGGACUGUCCGCACCCCAGGCGGGUCGCCGUCCCUGGCAGGUGCUGCCCCGAGUGGGUGUGUGACCAGGCUCUGCAGCCGGUGGUGCAGCCCCUCACGGCCGCAGGUGAGCGCGGGUCGGGGGAGGUGGGGGCAUGGGGGGCCCUCCGGGCACCCCUGCCCGCCGGAGGACCCUGCCAGGAGUGGAGCACCGCCUGGGGGCCCUGCUCCGUCACCUGUGGGCUGGGAGUGGCCACCCGAGUGUCAAACCAGAAUCGCUUCUGCCGCCUGGAGCCUCAGCGCCGCCUGUGUCUGGCCGGGCCCUGCCCGCCACCCAGCGGCCUCGGAGCCCCCAACGCUGCCUUUUAG